AUGGUUUUCAGGCCUCAUAAUCUCACUAACUAAACCCCCAUCAUUUGGCCAUUGUACUCUGUGUUGAACCAUACAGUUCCUUUUAUUGUACUCCCUUUUGCCAUGGCCAAUCUCCUUGGUGACGCUAUGGACGAGAUCGCAAGAUAUGUUUCUGAUGUCCCACCAGCUCAUUACACGGUCAAGAUCGAGUCGUUUUCAUUGUUAGCCAAGAACUGUGUGGAUAGGUUUGAAUCCGGGGAGUUUGAGGCAGGUGGAUACAAAUGGAAAUUGGUAGUCCACCCACUUGGAAACAAAAGUAAAAAUGGGAACGACCACAUCUCUCUCUAUUUGGCGAUUGCAGGGACAGACUCCCUACAAACAAAUCGGGAAGUGUUCAUAGUUUAUCGACUUUUUUUGCUUGAUCAGAACAACGAUAACUACCUCACAGUUGAAGAUGGCAAGAUGAAGCCUAGGCGGUUUCGAGGAAUGAAGAAAGAAUGGGGUUUUGAUAAAUACAUUAGCCUCAAAGAAUUCAACGAGUCCUCAAAUGGGUAUCUGGUGGACGAUACGUGUGUGUUUGGAGCUGAGGUCUUUGUUUGCAAAGAAAAUUUCAAAGGCGGCAAAGGGGAGUGUUUGUCAAUGGUAAGGAGUCCCAUCAUUCACAAGCAUAUUUGGAAGAUUGACAACUUCUCCAAGCUGGAUGCCGAGUGCCACGAGUCCAGAAUCUUCAACGCGGGGGAUCAAAAAUGGAAACUUCGAGUGUAUCCAAAUGGAAGAGGCAGUGGCGAAGGCCAUCUUUCAUUUUUUCUGGCACUGGCAGACCCCACAACGCUACAUCCUGCUACCAAAAUAUAUGCAGAGGUAACGUUGCGCCUGCAAGAUCAGGAGCAUUCGAAGCAUCAUUCUGGAAAAGUUUCAUACUGGUUUACUGCAUCCAACCCAGAAGUUGGAGGGCUUAGAUUCAUUCUCUUAAGCAAGUUCCGGCAACCAAACAUGGGUUUUCUGUUGAAGGACGUUUGCAUUGUGGAGGCAGAGGUCAAUGUCCUUGGAGUGGCCAAUGCGCUCUCUUGAGCCCCCCCGCCUGAGCUCUGCUGUAAACCAUAACUAACAUGAUAUCAAUCUCAUCCCUAGUGCUUUACAUGUAAACGAAAUAGUAGCAAGAUCUGGACUUUAAGUAAACGGUUAUAUAUCCGUUCAGAAACUAAUUAAUUGGAAGAAAUUCAUCA